CUAAAACCCUUCUUGUUUUCUCUAGAAUAUUGCGAAAACAGUUAUUGGCUGCGCGGUAUGCAAAAAGACUAGACAUGCUAUGUCACCGGAUAUCCAUGAGCCACAAGAUACUCCAAGGAACUGGGAAAUACAAAGGACUUCAAUGGGUUGUUGAUACUGCUGCAAAGAAACUUGAGAGAGUUGUGGGAGAUCUAGAAAUAGCAUCAGAGGAAAUGCCAAGGGAAAUUGUCAAUAAGCUUGAUUGCUGCCAUGAGAUUCGAGUUAUAUGUGCUUCAGCAGUAGCAGCCAUUGAUUUCAUGCUUUCAGGUGUAAAGUGUAAUCAAAAUGAACCCAAGGAUCCACCAGUUUUCUGCAUCCAGUUUGAAGAAGUCUCUCCAAUAUCAACAGUCAUCAUACUGAAGUAUGAAAAUGAGCAGUUUGAGGACUUUCUAGGUUGUAGGUUGUGGCAUCGGAAGUCCACUUUGACAGACUAUCCUGAAAAACCUACCUACAUGGUACUGCAGCAGAGGAAAAGAUUUCUGCUUUCCAAUCUUGAUCCGUCCACUGAGUACUUCUGUAAGGUCUCCAUCUUUAGCAUUACAGGGGAGGUGGAUGCAUGGGAAGCUAAUUGGAAAACAAGAGCAUUGGGGGGCAUAAGCAAUAAUGAUGAAUGCCCCUUAAAAAAUGUCCCAGUGGAGGUUGAACAUUGUGUGACAACUGCAUCAGUUCCUCCUACUGCUACUUCCAAAUCACAUGGGAACCUUGAGGUUCCAAGUUUGGUCCUGAAGAAACAGUGGACCAAAAAAGACUGUGACUAUUGCAUGGAGGUCAUAAGAUCGUUGGAAAACGAAGGACAUAUAGAAAAGGACUUCAAAGUGAAGUUUCUCUCAUGGUUCAGUCUAAGGGCAACAAUGCAAGAGAAGAGGGUGGUAUGUACAUUUGUGGACAUUUUGAUUGAUGAUCUCCCAAGCUUGGCAGGUCAGCUUGUAGACACUUUCAUGGAUUUGAUCUCCAAUGAGAAGAACCCAGUUUCCUAAAACUUUUGUUGCUCUAAAAUGUUGCAUUAACCUUGUAAGUGAAUGUAGGCUCAGAAACAAUAUUGGGAGUAGUUGAUCCUGUUAAUCAAUGUAAUAAUAAUUGCUCUUUGGCUAGUU